CUUUCAGGUUAGGGCCGGGAGCGGGCGGAACCUUUCUGUCGCGCUUCUGUCAACACGCGCGGCGGGGACGCUUUAGGCCUGCGCGGUGUUCCGCCGGCGCGCAGCUGCGGUUCGGGGCGCGGCGGAGGGCCAGCGUGACGCGUCCGCCCGCUUGUGACUCCGUCGUGAGCGAUAUGGACGAGCUCGCGGAGGAGUUCGGAAACCUGAGCCCGGAGGAGCUGGCCGCGCCGAUCCCGGAUGUCAAGGAAAAAUGGAGGCUGCUUCCAGCAUUUUUAAAGGUGAAAGGCCUGGUGAAGCAGCACAUAGAUUCCUUCAACUACUUCAUUAACGUGGAGAUAAAGAAGAUCAUGAAGGCCAACGAAAAGGUUACGAGCGAUGCCGACCCCAUGUGGUACUUAAAGUAUCUUAAUAUCUAUGUCGGGCUUCCUGAUGUUGAAGAGAGUUUCAAUGUAACCAGGCCAGUGUCCCCUCAUGAGUGCCGUCUCAGGGACAUGACGUACUCUGCCCCCAUCACAGUGGACAUUGAAUACACCCGAGGCAGUCAGAGGGUCAUCCGCAAUGCCUUACCCAUUGGCAGAAUGCCCAUAAUGCUACGUAGUUCAAACUGCGUUCUUACCGGGAAAACACCAGCGGAAUUUGCCAAACUGAAUGAAUGUCCUUUGGAUCCAGGUGGCUACUUCAUUGUGAAAGGAGUAGAAAAAGUGAUCCUGAUCCAAGAGCAGCUGUCUAAGAACAGGAUCAUUGUGGAGGCUGAUAGAAAAGGGACCGUGGGAGCCUCGGUUACCAGCUCGACCCAUGAGAAAAAAAGCAGAACCAACAUGGUUGUGAAGCAAGGACGAUUCUAUCUGAGGCACAAUACUUUGUCAGAAGAUAUACCCAUUGUCAUCAUUUUUAAGGCCAUGGGCGUGGAGAGCGACCAGGAGAUCGUGCAGAUGAUCGGGACGGAGGAGCACGUCAUGGCUGCGUUCGGGCCCAGUCUGGAAGAGUGCCAGAAAGCUCAGAUUUUCACACAGAUGCAGGCAUUAAAAUAUAUAGGGAACAAAGUUAGGAGGCAAAGAAUGUGGGGAGGUGGACCAAAGAAAACCAAAAUAGAGGAAGCAAGAGAACUUCUGGCUUCGACCAUUCUCACCCACGUACCGGUUAAGGAAUUCAAUUUCCGAGCUAAAUGUAUCUACACUGCGGUAAUGGUUCGAAGAGUAAUCCUGGCCCAAGGAGAUAAUAAGGUUGAUGACAGAGACUAUUACGGUAACAAGCGAUUGGAAUUGGCAGGACAGCUUUUAUCUCUUCUUUUUGAAGAUUUGUUCAAAAAAUUUAACUCUGAAAUGAAGAAAAUUGCAGACCAAGUGAUUCCUAAGCAAAGGGCUGCACAGUUUGAUGUUGUGAAACACAUGCGCCAGGACCAGAUCACCAAUGGCAUGGUGAAUGCCAUUUCUACUGGAAAUUGGUCCCUAAAGAGAUUUAAGAUGGACCGCCAGGGAGUGACCCAGGUGUUGUCUCGCUUGUCCUAUAUAUCUGCUCUGGGGAUGAUGACAAGGAUCUCCUCCCAGUUUGAAAAAACAAGGAAAGUCAGUGGCCCUCGCUCUCUGCAGCCGUCUCAGUGGGGGAUGCUGUGUCCUUCGGACACUCCUGAAGGAGAGGCAUGUGGUUUGGUUAAAAACUUGGCCCUUAUGACACACAUCACAACUGACAUGGAAGAUGGACCUAUUGUUAAAUUAGCCAGUAACCUAGGAGUUGAAGAUGUCAACUUAUUGUGUGGGGAAGAGCUCUCAUACCCAAGUGUGUUCCUUGUCUUCUUGAAUGGAAACAUCCUGGGCGUCAUUAGAGACCAUAAAAAGCUGGUGAAUACAUUUCGACUGAUGCGGAGAGCAGGGUAUAUCAAUGAAUUUGUUUCCAUCUCAACCAACCUUACAGAUCGAUGUGUCUAUAUUUCCUCUGAUGGAGGAAGGCUAUGCAGGCCCUACAUAAUUGUCAAGAAGCAGAAACCUGCGGUCACGAAUAAGCAUAUGGAGGAGCUGGCUCAGGGGUACAGGACUUUUGAAGAUUUCUUACAUGAGAGCCUGGUUGAAUAUUUAGAUGUCAAUGAAGAAAAUGAUUGCAACAUUGCACUAUAUGAACAUACAAUUAAUAAAGAUACGACGCACUUGGAGAUCGAACCCUUCACUCUUCUCGGUGUUUGUGCAGGCCUGAUUCCAUACCCUCAUCAUAACCAGUCCCCGAGAAACACCUAUCAGUGUGCUAUGGGGAAACAAGCAAUGGGAACCAUUGGAUAUAACCAGAGGAACAGAAUUGAUACCCUCAUGUAUCUACUAGCAUAUCCACAAAAACCCCUGGUUAAGACGAAAACCAUUGAGUUGAUCGAUUUUGAGAAACUGCCAGCUGGACAGAAUGCGAUAGUGGCCGUGAUGAGUUAUAGUGGCUAUGACAUCGAAGAUGCUCUUGUUUUAAACAAGGCCUCCCUGGACAGAGGCUUUGGCCGUUGCUUAGUAUAUAAAAAUGCUAAGUGUACAUUGAAGCGCUAUACCAAUCAGACUUUCGAUAAAGUAAUGGGGCCCAUGUUGGAUGCUGCUACAAGAAAACCUAUCUGGCGACAUGAAAUUUUAGAUGCGGAUGGUAUUUGUUCUCCAGGUGAGAAAGUAGAAAAUAAACAAGUACUGGUGAAUAAAUCCAUGCCCACUGUGACUCAGAUCCCUCUGGAAGGGAGCAGUGUGCCACGGCAGCCACAGUACAAAGAUGUCCCCAUCACCUACAAAGGGGCCACAGAUUCAUAUAUUGAGAAAGUGAUGAUAUCUUCAAAUGCCGAGGAUGCUUUUCUGAUCAAAAUGCUGCUGAGACAGACGAGGCGUCCAGAGAUCGGGGAUAAAUUCAGCAGUCGCCAUGGUCAGAAAGGUGUUUGUGGCUUGAUCGUGCCGCAGGAGGACAUGCCAUUUUGUGAUUCAGGCAUCUGUCCGGACAUCAUUAUGAACCCGCAUGGCUUCCCUUCGCGGAUGACGGUGGGAAAGUUGAUUGAGCUGCUUGCUGGCAAGGCUGGUGUGCUAGACGGCAAGUUCCACUAUGGCACUGCAUUUGGAGGGAGCAAAGUGAAGGAUGUGUGUGAAGACCUUGUUCGCCAUGGCUACAAUUACCAGGGCAAGGACUAUGUCACAUCUGGCAUCACAGGGGAGCCUUUAGAAGCCUACAUCUAUUUUGGCCCUGUGUAUUAUCAGAAGCUGAAACACAUGGUGCUGGAUAAGAUGCAUGCCCGGGCCCGGGGACCACGCGCCGUCCUUACCCGGCAGCCUACAGAAGGUCGAUCCCGUGAUGGUGGCUUGCGUCUUGGAGAGAUGGAACGUGACUGUUUAAUUGGUUAUGGAGCCAGUAUGCUUUUGCUUGAGAGACUAAUGAUUUCAAGUGAUGCCUUUGAGGUUGAUGUCUGUGGUCAGUGUGGACUUCUGGGGUAUUCCGGCUGGUGCCAUUACUGCAAGUCAUCAUGCCACGUGUCUUCCCUCCGCAUCCCGUAUGCCUGUAAGCUGCUCUUCCAGGAGCUGCAGUCUAUGAACAUUAUCCCCAGGUUAAAGCUGUCCAAAUACAAUGACUAAGGAUGGAAAAGAUGAGUGCCGAAGACGCCGAUAAACAUCCGAGGCAGUGAAAAGCAGGAAGAAUUGAGGUGUAUUUUUGCUCCUGUGAAUCAAUCCUUUGAGUGUUGGCUUGCAGAAACUACCAAGAAAAACCAAUGGUGAGAGUUUUUUUUAACACCAGAAAAUGAACGACACAAUCUUCAUCAAUGAAUACCAAGCCAUGGGAGCAUUGCUGACCCAGGGACUGAAACCAGCAAGACUAACAAGGAGACAUGACAUACGGGAUAAAUAAACUGUUAUUUAUGUACUAGAAUCGUGUGAUUGCCUCAUAAAUAAGAUUGACUCCUGAAGACCACUGGGGUUUAAAUUUCAAAUCAGCUCAGCUCCAGCCUUUGCAGCCAUCUGGGGAGUGAACCAAUAGAUGGAAGAUCUUUCUCUCUGCCUCUACUCCUCUCUGUAAAAUUCAUCUUCCUUUCCAAUAAAAACGAUAAAUAAAUCUUUAAAAAAAAAAAGAAAUGAAAAGGCUCAAGCUUCUUAGGAAAUUAGAAGAUGUGAAGGAUUCUUAUGCAGUCAUUAGCUCGGCUUCUGUUGAGGUGGCCACUUCUGAGCAGAGGGAAAAGGACUGUGUGCUGCCAGCUCAGCCAUCAGCAAUGGCUUUCCCACCCAGUACUGUGAGGCAGUGGGUGUUCCCCACAACUGAGUAUCACCCGUACACACCCAAACCUUGUCAUUUUAAAGAUUUAUUUUAUGUUUAUUGGAAAGACACAAGCAGGGACACAGGAAGGGAAGUGGGGCAGCCAGGAGACAAACCGGAACCUGUAUAGGAUCCCAGCCCUUGCAAGGCGAGGAUCACACCGGGCCCAAAUCUUGUCAUUUUAGUCCUGGUGAAAUGCAGUAGGUAUAGUGCUGCCUUAGUAAGCAAAAUACUUGAUGGACAGUUUUGAACCUCUGUGAUGAUAACCUACAGUAAUGUGAUAAGUAUCUGAAUGUCACUUCUUGGAUUCUUUGUCACUUUCUAUUUAGAAAGUCAGUGAAGCUCUUACAACCAUGUCACUGACAUGUCACAUGGAAAAUGUUCUCAGAAUAUUGAUAGCCAUUUUUCUUUUUGUCUUUCUUCUAUAAAAUCUGCCUUACCAUGAAAAAAAGAAAGAAAAAUUAACCUCAUUUUAUUUUCUUCCUAAUAGACAUCUCUAGUACCAGUCAUGGUGGGCAGGUCUUGCUCAACCAUCACUUCAGAAACCCAACAGGUGUUAUAAAGGCAGAGGCAUUUUGUGUGUGUGAAUUAUUGGCUAUGCCAGUUAUUCCUUCCUUUUGACUCAUUCUGUCAUUCUCCAAAUCAGUAAAGCAUCAAAGAUUGCUGAAUCCAACAUACAGUCUUCCUGUCUUGGGGGCUGUUAAUGUUAUCUGUGAUGAUCUUGACUGGUGAUCUUGACUGGCUGUGUUGUGCCAUUCCCACCUGCCAGCUCAUUCAGACAUGAGCUUAUCCUCCAGGCAUGGCACCUGUUUCACUCAGGUGUUUGGAAAGCAUUUGGAGUGUGUCUGGUGCUGGCCUGAAGCCUCCAAUCCAUCAGUCACACCUGCGGAAGGCACAGUACUGAGGAUAUAUAGGACAUGGCCUUAUUUGGUCCAGUGGGAGAGGCUGAGAAGCAUCAGCCAGCCUUAUGGCCGCAUCCUUCCCUCAGUGAGGGA